CGCGGGUUAGUGUGUGGCGAUGCGCUGUAGUUCGCCGCUGUUGCCGCCGCCGCUGCUGCUGCUGCAUCCAGAACAAUGAGUCCGUGGCGGAGACUCGGCAGUCGGUAGAAUGCGCUGCACCGCACGCACUUUCUGAUGUUACGGUGCUCUUUCUGCCUUUCUUUUCAAUGCACAAACCACACAAACCAUGAAUAUGUGGAUGCCCACAGAACUUGAGAAAUACGGCGUCGCGCUGGCUAGCUUCCGGGGGACUGUGCCGCAUGGAUUGCCGCUGGAGAUCGGCGACACAGUUCAGAUUCUGGAGCGAUGUGAAGGUUGGUACAGAGGGUUCGUUCUUAAGAAUCCAAAUGUCAAGGGAAUUUUCCCGGCCUGUUACAUUCACCUGAAAAAUGCCCACAUCAAGAAUAAAGGGCAGUUUGAGACAGUUAUUCCCACCGAAGACUCGGUCAUCACGGAGAUGACGUCGACGCUGAGGGAGUGGGGUGCCAUGUGGAAGCAGCUCUACGUGAAGAACGAGGGAGACCUGUUCCACCGGCUGUGGCACGUGAUGAACGAAGUGCUGGAUCUUCGCAGGCAGGUGCUGGUGGGUCACCUGACGCAGGACCGCAUGCGUGACGUCAAGCAGCACAUCACAGCGCGACUCGACUGGGGCAACGAGCAGCUGGGUCUGGACUUAGUGCCCCGCAAGGAGUUUGCGAUGGUCGACCCGGAUGAGAUCAGCGUCACGGAGCUGUACUCUCUGAUGGAACAUCGGCACAGGAAGAAGGACGCCCCGGCCCCGGCGAGCACGCAUCACCUGUUCGCCCAGGUCAAGAGCCUGAUGAGCUCCAAUCUGGGAGAGGAUCUGGACGUCUUCUUCACCAUCUACGACGGCAGGGAGAACCGCCCGCUCAGCGAAAGGUUCUUUGUGAGGCUGAAUAAACAAGGGGUGCCCAAAUCGCCGGAAAAGACCGAGAAACAGUGCACCCUCUUUGUGGACUUGGGGAGCAGCGACCUAAGGAAGGACGUCUACAUUGUGGUUCACAUCAUACGAAUCGGCCGCAUGGGGGCUGGGGAGAAGAAGAACGCGAACAGCACACAGUACCGCCGGCCCUUCGGCUGCGCGCUCGUCAGCGUGGCCGACCUGCUCACCGCCGACCACAAGGACGACCACCUCCUGAAGGUGUACACAUGCAACACAGAGAGCGAAUGGUAUCAAAUCCACGAGAACAUCAUCCGCAAGGUGAACUCCAGAUACAACCUCAGCGGCUCUAAUGCUGGCUUGGCGGUUUCCCUGCAGCUGCUCCACGGGGACAUCGAGCAGAUCCGCCGCGAGUACAUGGCGCUCUUCACCCGCGGCAUCGCCAUCACCAAGAAGCUCGGCUUCUCCGACAUCAUCAUGCCAGGUGAAAUGAGAAAUGACCUGUACGUCACCUUGGAGAGGGGCGAGUUUGAGAAAGGAGGCAAGAGCGUGGCCAGAAACGUGGAGGUUACCGUGUGCGUGCUGGAUGCCGACGGGCUCGUGCUCAAGGGCUCUGUGUGGGCUGGAUCUGGGGAGUCAGGCGCUGAUGAGUACCAUUCCAUAGUGUUGUAUCACAACAACAGUCCGCGCUGGGCAGAGCAGAUUAAACUACCCCUCCCCGUGGACAAGUUCAGGGGUUCACAUAUGCGCUUUGAGUUCCGCCACUGCUCCACAAAAGACAAAGGUGAGAAGAAGCUGUUUGGUUUCUCCUUCGUCCCCCUCAUGCAGGAAGAUGGGCGGACGCUGCCGGAUGGAACUCACGAGCUCAUUGUCCACAAAUGCGAGGAGAACACCAGCCUCCAGGACUGCGCUCGGUACCUCAAGCUACCUUUCUCCAAGGGGAACCUUCCUGGGAACAACCAAGCGGCGAAAGGCAGCAAGGAGUCCUUCUGGAUCACGUCUUUUCUCUGCUCCACCAAGCUCACGCAGAACGGGGACAUGCUGGACCUGCUCAAAUGGAGAGCCCACCCGGAGAAGAUCAGCGACAGCCUCUCCAAGCUGAAGGAGAUCGACGGCUCGGAAAUAGUCAAGUUCCUGCAGGACACGCUGGACACCCUCUUUGGCAUUUUAGAUGAAAGUUCACAGCGAUACGGCUUGAAGGUUUUUGACUGCCUGGUCCACAUUAUAAAUUUGCUGCAGGACAGCAAAUUCCAGCAUUUCAAGCCGGUCAUGGACACCUACAUCGAGAGUCACUUUGCGGGAGCUCUUUCCUACAGAGACCUUAUCAAGGUACUCAAGUGGUAUGUGGACCGCAUCGUCGAUGCUGAGCACCAGGACCACAUCCAGCAGGUCCUCAAGGCCUCCGAGUACAUCUUCAAGUACAUCAUCCAGUCGCGACGUCUGUACGCCCUGGCCACCGGGGGGCAGAACGAGGACGAGUUCCGCUGCUGCGUACGCGAGCUCUUCAUGUCGCUGCGCUUCUUCCUGUCCCAGGAGAGCCGAGUGGGCAGCCCCAUCGCCCAGACGCAGGUGGUCUUCCUCAGGACGUUCCCGUCCGUGUACAGCGAGCUGCUGAAGAUCUUCGCCGUGCGGGAGGUGGCGAGCUUCGUGCGCGAGACCCUGGGCAGCUUGUCGGCGGCCGCGCGGGCCGACUGCCCCUUGGAGCCCGUCAAGCUGCAGUGCAUCGCCAGGACCGUGGAGAGCCCGUUGUACACCAACCCAGAGUCGCGAUGUAUCCUGCUCCCAGUGGUGCUGCAUCUCCUCCAGGCCCACCUACAGGAGCAGAGGGACCUGGUCAUGUGCUCCCGCAUCCUUUCCAGCAUGUUCUCCCUCAUCAAGAAGGAGGAGGUGGGGUCCCCGGUGAGCGAGGAGGUGGACGUGAUUGUGAGGAGUCUGCUGGGGGUGCUCUUGCGGACCAUCCUAGAGAUCACCAACCGCCCGCAGCCCACGGGGAACGGAAACGCCCCGCGACUGCAGUUCCAGGACGUCACGGGGGAGUUUGUGGCCUGUCUGCUGGCUCUCCUUCGACAGAUGACUGAGAAGCACUAUCAGCAGCUCCUGGACAGUCUGUCCAACAAGGAGGACUUGAGGGACUUCCUUCUGCAGAUCUUCACCGUCUUUCGAAUUCUUAUCCGACCUGAAAUGUUCCCCAAGGACUGGACAGUCAUGCGGUUGGUCACCAACAACGUCAUCAUCACCACGGUCCUAUACCUGUCGGACGCCCUGAGGAAGAACUUCCUGAACGAGAAGUUCGAUUACAAGGUGUGGGACUCCUACUUCUACCUCUCUGUGAUCUUCAUCAACCAGCCCUGCUUGCAGCUGGAGAUGUUCUCUCCCUCCAAGAGGAAGAAGAUUCUGGAGAAGUACGGAGACAUGAGAGUGAUGAUGGGCUGCGAGAUCUUCAGCAUGUGGCAGAAUUUAGGAGAGCACAAGCUCAACUUCAUCCCAGCCAUGAUCGGCCCCUUCCUGGAGGUGACCCUCGUUCCCCAACCGGACCUCCGCAACGUCAUGAUCCCCAUCUUCCACGACAUGAUGGACUGGGAGCACAGGAGAAGCGGCAACUUCAAACAGGUGGAGGCGAAACUCAUCGACAAACUGGACAGCCUGAUGUCCGAGGGCAAGGGGGACGAGACGUACAGAGAGCUCUUCAACAGCAUAAUACCCCUAUUUGGGCCGUACCCUAGCUUGCUGAAGAAAAUCGAGCGGGAGACGUGGAGGGAGAGCGGCGUGUCCCUCAUCGCCACCGUCACACGCCUCAUGGAGCGGCUGCUGGACUACAGGGACUGCAUGAAGGCCGUGGAGGUGGACGGCAAGAAGAUCGGCUGCACCGUCAGCCUCCUGAACUUCUACAAAACGGAGCUCAACAAGGAGGAGAUGUACAUCCGCUACAUCCACAAGCUGUACGACCUCCACCUGAAAGCCCAGAACUACACAGAGGCUGCCUACACGCUGCUGCUGUACGACGAGCUGCUGGAGUGGUCGGACCGGCCGCUUCGCGAGUUCCUCAACUACCCCAUGCAGACGGAAUGGCAGCGUAAGGAGUACCUGCACCUCACCAUCGUGCAGAACUUUGACCGCGGCAAGUGCUGGGAAAACGGCAUAAUCCUGUGCAGAGAGCUGGCCGACCAGUACGAGGCCUAUUACGACUACAGGAACCUGAGUAAAAUGCGGAUGAUGGAGGCCUCGUUGUACGACAAAAUUAUGGACCAGCAGCGACUGGAACCAGAGUUCUUCAGGGUGGGCUUCUAUGGCAAGAAGUUCCCCUUCUUUCUUCGGAACAAGGAGUUUGUGUGCCGGGGUCACGACUACGAGCGGCUCGAGGCGUUCCAACAGCGCAUGCUCAACGAGUUCCCCCACGCCAUCGCCAUGCAGCACGUGAACCUGCCCGACGACACCAUCACCCAGGCCGAGGCCCAGUACCUGCAGAUCUACGCGGUCACCCCCAUCCCCGAGGCCCAGGAUGUGCUGCAGAGGGACGGAGUGCCUGACAGCAUCAAGAGCUUCUACAAGGUCAACCACAUUUGGAGGUUCCGCUACGACCGGCCUUUCCACAAGGGGACCAAAGACAAGGAGAACGAGUUCAAGAGCCUGUGGGUGGAGAGGACCACGCUGACGCUGGUACAGAGUUUGCCUGGGAUUUCGCGCUGGUUCGAGGUGGAGAAGCGGGAGCUGAUGGAGGUGAGCCCCCUGGAGAACGCCAUCGAGGUGCUGGAGAACAAGAACCUGCAGCUGCGCGGCCUCAUCGCACAGUGCCAGGCGCGACAUCCGCACAGCGUCAGCCCGCUCACCAUGUGCCUCAACGGAGUCAUCGACGCCGCCGUCAACGGGGGGCUCGCCCGUUACCAAGAGGCCUUCUUCGGGAAGGACUACGCCGCCAGUCACCCGGAAGACGGGGAGAAGAUCGGCCGGCUCAGGGAGCUCAUGUUUGAGCAGGCGCACAUCCUGGAGUACGGCCUGGCGCUGCACGAGAAGGUCGUUCCGCAGGACAUGCGGCCCUUGCAUAAAAAGCUGGUGGAUCAGUUCCACCUGAUGAAGUCAAGCUUGGGGAUACAGGGAUUCGAACCAACGCUGUGUUCACUGUCCCUCCAUCACCCCACUCAGGAGCUCCCAGCCUACGUGCACGCGAGCCCGGUGCCCUUCACCAACGGGAGCCCGCGCAUUUGCAGGAACUCCCUGUCCAACGUCAUCAGCCCGGACGGCGGACGCAUAGUGGCGAGACGCAGUCCGCUCAGCUACCCAGCUGGCAACCGGUACUCCUCAUCCUCGCUGUCGUCGCAGGCCUCCAACGAAGUGAGCAACAUCACGGGCCAGUCCGAGAGUUCGGACGAAGUCUUCAACAUGCAGCCAAGCCCCUCUACCUCAAGCCUGAGCUCGAACCACUCGGCCUCACCGAACGUGACCAGCUCCGCACCCUCCAGCGCCCGAGGAUCCCCGUUGCUGUCCGACAAGCACAAGCAUUCCAGGGAGAACUCCUGCCUCUCGCCCAGGGACAGACCCUGCAGCGCCAUCUACCCCAACCCUCCGGAACCGCCACAGAGGAUCCUGCCACACCUAAUGGGUGAGAGCUCUUUACCUCGGAGCGAGCCCAAUCUCUCGGCACCAGACCGAGUCGCAAACCCGACUCUGGGUGGUUGGAGUGUAGACACUGCUAAAGAAGCUAGCGCACAGUGUUCAGACACUGCGGGAACAUUGGUAUCACCCCCCGUCCCUCCUAGGCCAUCGUACGCAGGCUCCCCUGCGAGGAACCUGAGGUCGCUGUCGCCCGUCCCCAUCCCCAUCGCCAGAUCUCCUCAGAAGAACUGCGUGCCGCCGCUCACCCCCUCCCCGACCGAGUGCCAGCCGGGAGGGCUGGUGUCCAACUCGCCAGCGCUGUCGGGCAGCUACAGCAGCGGCAUCUCCUCGCUGAGCCGCUGCAGCGUGUCGGACGCUUCGGGCCUCGAGGCUCCACCCGCCGGCGAGCCCGCUCCGCUCACCAGCUCCGUGUCCAGCGGCUCGGACGAGCUCCUGCGCAGGGAGAACAAGACCCCGCCCCCGUACAGCGUAUACGAGCGUACCAACGCUCGCCGGCCCGUGCCCCUCCCCCACAGCCUGUCCAUCCCUCCCAGCGCUGCCCCGUUGAGCCUGCCGCCGGCCCUCCCCCCCAAGCCCCACCAGCUCCGACCCGCCAAGCUGGACUCGGAUCCCCGCAGGGCCGAUCACGUUCCGAGGCCCCGGCCUCUGCCAAGAAAGGUUUCGCAACUAUAGCGCCACCCUGCUGGUGGAAAAAGCGUGUUUUGCACUUAGCGGUUCGGUAAUCCCACGGCUGUAGACGAGAAGUAGAGGACAGAUUUAAGCAUUCUCUUUUCAAGGGUUCGACAGACCGCACAUCCCUGAACACAUUAUAGGCGAGCACACAUGGAACCAUGCACGCGUCAGUGGUCAGCCUGAAAACUAGAGGUAAAAGUUGCACAGGGGUUUUUUUGCCUUAAAUACUAAGAGUAGAUUGUGGUUAUUUUUGAAGUUUUCCAGCAAACCCUGUAAACGCAUAGGAAACCGUUUCUACCGUUCUUGGUGGCCAAAAGGUGCUAGAGAUGUUUUUUUUUUUUUUUUUUUUUUUCCCCCUAACAUGUUUCUGUACGGCCUGGAACCAACUGCUCCUCCUGCGUGAAGACUAGAGAUGUUAGA